AUGAACCCAGCAGAUCCAGAGGAUUUAUUACUGCAGUAUGAUAUUGAAGAUGAAGAUGAUGGUGGCAUGUGUGGAGUUAUGGGCCCUGGAGGAAGUAUAACCUUUGAUGGGCCUCCUUUGAACAUGGAAAAAUUGACCAAUAAAAAGGCUCCUCAGAACAGUUCUUCAUCAGAGAUGAAUGGUGUCAGCCAAUCAGAAUUGGAGGCCACUUGUGCUCGUCUUAAGGACGCAGAAUGUCGAGUUAAACAAUUAGAAGAAGAACUGAGCCGAGUUCUUGGAGACUUUGAGAAAGUGAAAAAAGUCACCCAAGAUCUGCUGAUGUCACAACCCAGCCAGCCAAUCAAAUCAGAGAAUGCUGUACAGAUGUUGACAGAGGAUGAAGAUGAUGUUUACUUUGGAUCUUAUGCACAUUUCAGCAUCCAUCAGGAAAUGUUAAAGGACAAAGUGAGAACGGAAAGUUACAGGGAUUUCAUGUACAAGAAUCCUGACUUGUUUAAGGACAAAGUGGUGUUAGAUGUGGGCUGCGGGACUGGUAUCCUCUCCAUGUUUGCUGCUAGGGCUGGUGCCCGAAAGGUCAUUGGGGUCGACCAAUCAGAAAUUGUUUUUCAAGCGAUGGACAUCGUCAGAGAAAAUGGGUUAGAAAACAUUGUGACUUUGAUCAAAGGUCGGAUAGAAGAUGUGGAUUUGCCGGUGGAUAAAGUGGAUAUCAUCAUCUCGGAGUGGAUGGGAUACUUUCUCUUGUUUGAAUCCAUGUUGGAUUCUGUUCUUUAUGCCAGGGACAAAUAUCUACAGCCUAAUGGAGUUGUCCACCCAGAUAGAUGUACGAUAGUGUUAGCAGCGCUGGAUGACCCUGACCUUCACACAAAUCAUGUGACCUACUGGGAUGAUGUGUAUGGAUUUAAAAUGACUUGUAUGAAAUCUGAAGUGAUCAAAGAAGCCAGUGUUCAGAUUGUCAAGGCAGAGAAAAUUCUGUCUGACCAUGUGAUUGUCAAG